AUGUCUUAUUAAUUUGGAGGAAGUUAAUUGCAAUAAUAAAAUGUACCUAAUGCCAAAUAUAAAACCAUGCUAUGUCGUCAUUAUUAAGGUAAUAUUUUAAAAUUAUUAAGCUACUAAAUAAUGUGCUAUUGGAACCAAAUGCCAAUUUGCACAUGGAAGUUAAGAAUAAAGAUAAAUUAAUGGUAUUAGAUAAUUAUAUCUUUAUUAGAUCCUUUACCUGCUUCUGCUUUAUCAGUUAUGGCUUCUGUUAUUGAAUAACCAAUAAAUAAACCUUAAUCUCAAACAUUUUAGAGUAUUACUUAAAUUAAUAAUAUUAAGUUCCUUGCAAAUACCACGCUUAAAACUAUUGUAAAAAUGGCUAAAAUUGUCAAUAUAUCCAUGGUAUUAAAUUUGAUAUUUUAGACUCUGAUUCAAAUUCAUAAUAGCCAAUUCAAUUUAUACAAUAACCUUUGAUCUCUCCUCCUCCUUAAGUGAAGUAAGAAGAUGCAAUGCAAUCAGUUUUCUCGUAUAUUUUAUUUGAGAUGCAAUAAAUAUUUUCUUAAGAUGUGAGAUAUACAAAUAAAAUAUAGGAUAUAAUAUAAAAAUUAAAAAUAGCCUAGGAAUAGGCAAGGGUUGGUAAUCUUAUCACUGUGGCCGAAUGUAUUAAAAAUAUCAUUCAUGCUCCAGAACGUACUUAAGAAGAAAUACUUAAAUAUACAAAUCUCUAUAACUAGGCAGUAACGUAUUUUAAUCAGAUCUCAUAAGUGAAUUGA